AGAUGGUGUGGUUGAAAAGCGGAAACCCGAUGAACGCCCGCAAAACCAAGGAGGAUCAGACACCAUUCUGCCCUUCGAGCGACAUUGUGCUUGGAGAUUUGACCAAAGCUUGCUCGCUCACGAAUGAAGGCCUCGUUGCUCUUGUACCGGCUGUGCCCCCGCCUACCUGUGGCCCACAUUUCAACAGCUCGAAUACUCUCGAGCCCGCAAGAAGUGCCUGAGGGGCCUGGCCACUGGCAGAAGACUAAGCUGGAAGCGUUUGCGCGUGACUCGUGCUUCGAGGUGGACUUUGAACACAAUCCCGAACUGCGCAUUGCCUUCUGUCGUGACCGGCAGUGUGGUCUGACUCCCGCUCGGUCUGCACCGACGGUCGCUUUGCUGGCACCGACCCAUCAGCGACCACCGCCCAGCCCAGAUGACGAGCUGUGAGCAUCCGUGAGCUGCCACCAUUGGACGCAUCGCCCGACCCAUCCAUGCUUUUGGUGUCCCCCACAAGCACGCCCCCACGACACGAGACGAGCACGUCACAACUGGACGGACCGUCAGGCCGCUUUGCCCUCAGUGGAGCCAGGUUACCUGCAGACACGGAGCGAGUGCUGACAGUGCUAAGUGUAGAGGUGCACGUGCGGACACGGAGCGACCUCCGACCCGACCCCGCACACGACCCCGUGCAAUGUGUGCUCUGGUGCGCACGUGGCUAUGGUGUGGAUGCGCCGCUAGAGGCGGGUGCGAUGCACUGGGGCACCGUCAAUAGCGAUCCCCGGCAAGCGGACAUCGAAGACCUUGCGGGAACCUCUCUGCACCGUACGGGAGUGGCUACACCUUCGCUGCGCACCCAGGUUGUGCGCUCGGAGCUGGAUCUCCUCCAUGCGGUGAUCGACCUGGUGCACAGAUGGGACCCCGACGUGCUGCUGGGGUACGACGUAGAGCGGGCAUCCUGGGGCUACCUGUGUGAACGGGCCGAACACUUGGAUAUGGACCUGUACGCGCGACUCUCGCGUGCGCCGCCUCCACCUGGCCGCAAAGACAUCUUGGGACGCAUCCUGCUGGGCGCCUGGCGGAUCCUGCGCAAGGAGGUUGCUCUGAACAUCUACACUUUUGAGAACACCUACUACCAUGUGAUGCAUCGGCGAGUGCCCCUCUACUCGUUCCGCCUGCUUUCAGAGUGGUUCAGCAAGGACCUGUUCAGGUGGCGGACUGUGGAGCACUACGCACUUCGUGCGCGCGGCAACCUGGAGCUGCUCGACGAGCUGAACGUGUUUGGCAAGACGAGCCAGAUGGCCCGCAUCUUUGGCAUUCAGUUCUAUGAGGUGCUGAGCCGAGGAUCGCAGUUCCGGGUGGAGUCCAUGCUCCUGCGGCUGGCACGCAGCCACCGAAUGGUGGCCCUGAGUGCAUCCACGGCCCAGCGUGCUCGGCAGCGGGCACCCGAGUUCAUCCCUCUGGUGCUGGAGCCCCGGGCGCAGCUCUAUACGGACCCCGUUGUGGUGCUGGACUUCCAGUCUCUCUACCCUUCGGUCAUCAUCAGUCACAACUACUGCUUCUCCACCUGCCUGGGACGCGUCGAGAAUCUCGGCAGGUGA